GGAUUCAUAUAUUUACGUUAAUUUUUUCAUGAUAUUUUGUAAUUGUAACAGAAUACACGAAAAAUCUAAAAUUCGUCUGUAUAAUAUAUUUUAUUAUACGUUUUUAAUUUACCUUAUUAUAGUGUAUUUAUUUUGUAUGUCCAAUAAAUAAACUUAACAUGUCAUACUUCAAUUAUGGGGGAUUUAGUUGAUCUUGCACACUCGCACCACGAAACUGUUUCAUUACAUAAUAAUAUUAUUAUACAUCGGAACUGUAAAAGAUGUCAACUCACGGAAAUAUUGGUUUAAAUUUACAAGAAAAUAGUCCUAAUAAACUUAAUGAACCUAAAAAUAUGAUUCAUACAUCAGAAGCCAUAAUUAUAGGAGAUUCAUGUAAGCAAAAAUGUAAACCAAAUUUGCCUACAGUUAAAGAUACAAUUCAAAUUUUAAAUAAAGCAAUUAUAAAACCAUCAAUUCCUACGAUCAAUGAAACUGUUCUGCUUAAUAAACAAUAUAUACCUCCAAAAAAUAAACCAACCAAAGUUGAUAAAAUAAUAUUAAAUAAUUUUGUUGAAGAGAAUAAAACUGAACAAAAUACCAAAGCUAUAGAAACAAAAUUAUAUAUUGAAAAAAAAAAAAAAGAAAGAACUACAAAAUGUAAAUUAGAUUUAUUAGAGAAAAAGAAGUUGGCAGAAGAACGAAAAAAAAAAUUAGAUCAGUUACAAAAAACUACAAGGGAACUAGCUAUAGCCUCUAGUAAGAAAAAGAAUAUCCAUGUUCAAGACAAAUGUAAAAUUGGUAUUAAUUUACCAACUGAAUCAAAUGAACCUAAAGUGGAUCAAACAUGGUCACCUCCGCCUAAAGUUGAAAGUGUUAGAAAACCACUAGAAGCUCUUAGAAAUGUUCAAAAAAUUGGUAUUAAUUUACCAACUGAAUCAAAUAAAUCUAAAGUGGAUCCAACUUGGUCACCUCCUCCUGAAAUUAAAUGUUUUAAAAAAUCACUGGAAGUUCUCAAAAAUGUACCAAAAAAGUCAAUAAACGGUUUUAAAAUUACAGAUGAAUGUUCAAAUGAUACAAAAGAUAUUAUAAGUACAUGUACAUCUUCGAAAAUAUCAAAAAAACCAAGUAAAAUGUCAACAACAAAAUUAAUAGACCCAAAACCUCAAAUACGUGAUGUUACCAAACCCGAAAAUUUAUUUUCUAAAUUAAAAUUCAAUGAUGAUUAUCAAUUAUUUGGUAAAAAUUUAUUUGAUAUUUCGAUGCCUAAACUAAUUGAUACUGAUACUGAUUUUGUUCAAAAUAAUAAUAAUGAUGUGACCUUGUUAAAUGAAUCGUACCAUGAUAACAGAAAACAACAAGGUGAUAGUGCUCAUUUGAAUAGAGAGACAUUGACUAUGCCUGACAUUAAUUUGAGUAUAAAGGAUUUGGAUAUUAAAAAUAAUAGUGCUAAAUCACACACAGGCAUACAGUUGCCCAUUAGAUCUCAUGAGGAAAUUAUGAAAAGUAUUGACAAUCUAGAAGAGCUUCAAGAAUUAUUGUUCGAUCAGUGUUUGCCAGUUAAAAAUAAUUAUUCAGAAUCAACCCAAACUGAGAAUUUUAAUAAUAUAUUAUCAUUGUCUACUUCAAAAUCUCUUCCACCUCCAAUGAAUUUUAUUUCAGUAUUAAAAUGUAAACAUAAUUUGCAACAAUCAGAAAAAAAUAAUUUGAAAAUCUAUGAACCUGCUGCUGAUUUAAAUAUGAGUGAAUACACAUUAACAAAUAAUUUGUAUCCUAAUAAAAUCAAUAAUGUUGAAUCUACUGGAUUCAAUAAACUAGAUGUAAAUUGUGAUGAAGAGUUUCCUGAAAUCCAUGAUGAGUUUCAAGCAGAACUUGAUACACUCGACCAAUUAAAUGACUCUUUAUGUGAUAUUGAAAGAAUGAGUUGCGACAUGUCAAUCAAAUCUAACGAACAAUCUAUUGAACUGAAUGAUCACUGUAAUUCUAAUGAUAAUGAUUUUCCUACACCAUUUUCAAAAUUAAAUGCUUUAUCGUCAAAUAUGAUGUGUGUAGAUAAAACAGUAACUGGCUUUUCUAUUCAAAUGUUUGAACAAUUAAUUAAGGAUGAAGAACUUAGGGCCAAACAACACCGUACUAUACUUAGCUUAAGGGAAAAAUCUUUGACUAAUCGCUUGAAGUGGGAAGUUACUAUGUAUGACCUUCAAGUGAAGAAUUUAAAAAAUAGACCUGGUCAUGAAAAGCAAUUUCAGUUGUUCAAACAAAAACAAAGAGGUAGUGUGAAAAAGUUAGAAUACUCUUUGUCUCAAGUAAAACGACUUGGUAGAGUAAUAGAUUCAGUAUACAAGCAGCGUUUUAUAAUGCUUGAAGAACAUUUACAACAUUUAAGAAACAAAUCAUCUUCCAAAAAAGUUAUACGUAAAUUAAAAAGCUUAGAGCAAAUUCCAAAGAAAGAAGAACACCCUUGUCGGUCACUUAAUUCUCAUGUUUUUAAACAAUUGAUUAAGUCUGACUGUUUUGAUACUAACGAUAGUGAAUGUGAUAAUAAUAAUCCAAUUAAAUCAAAAAAUAAUACAUCACCAUUGAUUUUUGAAUUGGAUAAAUCUAAAAUCAUUUUGAGAAACCAAGCAACUUCUCCUAUCAAUAAUGAAACAAAUAUAUUCAAUCAAGUUCAAAAUGUUGAAGUUCAAACAGAUCUUAAAUGUUCUUCACAGGCUGUCAAUGAUAAAUCCAUACAAACUUCUAAAAUAAAAUGUAACCACAUACAUAAUGAAAAUAUAAAAUUAUUUAAUCAAAAUGAUUUUUCUUAUAAAAAUGAAAUGUUUGAUGCAAUUAAAACCAAGGAUAAAAGAUCAUUGUCGCCAAUUUUACCUUCAAGUCCUGUUAAACUGAGGAAAUAUCUUACGGAAACAUCGAUUAGUACAAAUUCAGAACAGAGUGACCUGGAUACACGGAUAAUAUCUUUACAAGAACAACUUGAAGCUAGAAAGUUAGAAUCUUUUAGAUUGAAAAAAGAACAAAAAAAACUUAAAUUAGAGAAUCUUAAAGCUAAAGAACAAGAACUUUUGAAACAGAUAAAUUUGUAUGACAAAAAAAUUGAAGAAUCAAGAAAAAGUUUGAUGAUUGAAAUAAAGAAAAAAAAUAUGCACGUACCAAAAUCGUCAAUGAAAAACGAUUCUUCUUCUUCAACAAAUUCUAGUUGUUCUGUUCUUCAAAAUAUAAUUAAUUAUGAAAAUGAUCAUAGUCAACAUAUGUACAAUUCCGAUAAAAUAACACGAACAGAUGGGAAGAAAUAUUUCUAUCCAAUUACUACCAAUGAGGAAUGUGAUCAUAGUAUAUCUUUAAAUAAACCAGUAAAUGAGUUACAAAAAAAAAAUGUUUAUAAAUCAAAGGAAAAUCACGAUAUGCAUACAAAUAGUUUUGAUUUAGUAAAUAAUAUUGAUAGUUAUAAUUGUAUAGAACAAUCAUUUCAAUCCUUAAAGACAAUUCCUGUUUGUGAAGGUGUGCAGUUAAAUGAAAAGCACACUGCAAAAGAAGUAAAUGCUUCAAACAAAUCUCAUGAAAUUGAAAAUGAAGUAAAUAUUUUUUUUGAAUCCCAACCACAGAAGACUUUAGACAUUCAUACAUCAAAUGAUCUCAAAGUACAUUUAAAGGAAGAAACUCAUUCAUGUGAAAUAAACGAAACAAUUGACAAUAGUUUAAAUUUAGAUAUUUCUUUAUGCAAGUAUUCUAAUCCAAAUAAAAUUAUGUCAGAAACUUCCAUUAACCAAGAAUUAUGUCUAGAAACAGAUAAUAAAAACUCACUGAUUAUUCAUAACAAUAUUAAUAGCUCUAAUACAAGUUCAAUUUCAUCUGAUAGUGGUAGUAUUCAAAGAAAUCUCAUUGUUAAUUUAAAUGAAAAUGAUACUGAUGUAUGUGAAAUGAAGAAAAACAGUAUCAGACAAUUUGAGGAACCUAAUUAUAAAAUUAGAUUAGAAGAUGUUUACAGUCUAGAUUUUACAUCCGAUGAGUAUACAUCAGAAUUUCAAGGGUCAUAUCAAUUUAAUAAAAAUGAUAAUAUAAUAGAAUCAAAUGACAGUGAACAAAGUAAUGAAACUUCUUAUGAAGAAGAUAGAAGUGAAGGAGAAAUACUAUUUGAGGAUAAAACAUUUAUUGAACAGUAUUCAGAUGAUCAUGGUGAUUUUGUUCAAAAAGAGAAUUCUACUGAUGAUAAAGUUCAUGCUAUUACUACUAAAAUUUUUAAUUCUCUUCUAAAAGAUACAAAAAAAUCAUUACAAUUUAACAUGAAUAAGUCAUUAUUUCGUUCAGAAAAAAAUGAUCUUAAUAAUUUAACUGAAGAAACUCCAUUGUUGUUGAUCUUAAAACGUGAAGAAGAGAAUCAAAACCGGAUUAUUCUCUCGGAGCAAGCAACAAUUAUUUCAGAUGUACUUUUCAAGCAGCAUUUACAAACUAUUUUUCCCGAAAUUCUACAAAUGUACUUACCUAAAUUGAAUGAAAUAGAAAUGGAAAAACUAACAGUAUAUUUAAAGUGGUCUUCUACAAAAAAAAAAAAAUUGAAAUUAUCUGAAUGUUUAACUUUUCAACACAAAAUUGAUGUUGACAAUGAAAAUUCAUUUGAAAUGUUUUAUCAAAAGUAUCUAGAGCAGAAAAAAUCUCCAACUUUCCAAGAUGAAAGUAAUGAUGAUAUGCUUAGUCAUACCCAACAAGAAGCAGAAAAAUUAAAACAAGAACAAAUACGUAUUGAAGAAGAAAUUGAACGUCUUCGCAUGUCGGAAGAAGUACAAUUUUUUCUAAGAGAAAUACCUAAUAAGCCACCACCCCCCUAUAAGAGUCCUACUAAAAACAAAGCACUUAUUGACAUUCCUUAUACAUCUGAUGAAGUUCACGAAAUAGUUUUGACAGCUGCUAAUCAAGUAUUCAAUGGUUCUCAAAGUGCAUUAUCAAACAACUACAUUAUAGAUUCAGAUUCAAUUGUACAUGCUGAUUAUAAAACAUUAAUUUUUGAUUACUGUAAAGAAAUUGCACUAGACUUAUUUAUUGACGAUACAUAUUUACCUUUAUGGAAGAGAUCUAUAAAAAGAUUGAAACAUUUUAGGGCAAGACCAAAAAACCCUAAAGAUUUAAGUGAUAUAGUUAUAAAAAAAAUGAAUCAGAUUAUCGAUAUAGACGAGUGUGAAGAGAAAGUAAAUAAAUUUGUAGUGAAACAAAUGCAUGAAGAAGACAGUAAAUGGACUGAUUUUCAAAUGGAUGAAUUGGAAAUACAAAAUGAUAUUGUUCAAAAUUUGAUGAAAAAAUUGGUUUGCGAUACUAUCUCAAGUACUAAAACUAAUUUUUAUUUGAAAUUUCUCUAAGAGAAGUAUUCCUUAGCUUAGUUGAUUUUAUAUACCUAUUAUAUUAUAUAAACUAAUUUUAUGUAUAU